GGCCGUUUAAGCAGCUCGGGCCCAGAGGCGAAUCCGUGCGAGGGCGGAGGGUGGGGAGCAAUGACGUUGCCCGGCUCCGCCCCCUCGCCCGACAGCCGCCGCCAUGUUUAGUUGUUGCUUCUUCACACAAGAUGGCGGCUCCCAGGGAGGAGGCAUGAGCUCCCUGCCGUUAUCGCUCCGCCUGCCGUACAGUCAUCACUUCGGGGCCUAACUCUGCUCUUUGGAGCGGCUUCUGUGGGAAGGAGUUACAAGGAGGGAAGUGAGGAGCGGACGCUGCCUUGCAUUUGGUUUGGAGUGCAAGAACUGACCCAGGAGGAGGAGAAUAGGGGGGGAAGGGGGAGUUAGUCUCAAGAUGGCGGCUCCCAGGGCGGCAGGCGCAGUCUGAGCCGCACAAGCGGACUAAAGACAGGUGCAAGACUUCGUCAGCCGUACGCUGUGAGUCCCGCGAGGGGCUCUCGGAAGUUGGAGCUGCUUUCAUCUGCUUUCGCGCGCGCCUGCGUUGCUUAGCAGUGUCGAGGCUGCUUUGCGAGCGGCGGCUGCACUGAACGCUGGGCGGGGAAGCGGGACGGUCUCAAGAUGGCGGCUCCCACAAUUGUGGUCUGAGCGCCGGCGGGGCUGGAACGACCGCGGCGCUUGUGGCUGUGUUCCACCCGCCCCGGAAGCCGGGCAGUGCUAGGGACUUGGGGGUGUGGGAACCGGGCCGGGGCUCCGCCAUUUCCGGCGGGGGAGGGCUACGACUGAGGAAGGGAGGAGAGAGAGGCGGCUCAAGAUGGCGGCUCCCAGGGCCUGCCGCCCGAGCUUCUAAGCGAGAGCGUCCGGGUGAAUGGUUAGGGCGAUUGGACUCGGCGGCUUCCAGCUUCUCGGGCUGAGGCGCUGAACAGUUUUGGGAGGCUCCCGAGGAGACGGGAGCAGUGAGAAGAAAGGGAAGAGGCAGAGGGAAGGAGGGUAGUUAAGAUGGCGGCCUCCAUGGAGUCGUCCACCGCCGUGUAAGGAACCGCUUCUCUGAGAGAGCUGCCUUAUACUGAGGGGGGUGUGUGAUAGAGCAACUGAGGGGCUGCUUUGCCGUGUGCCGACCCCUUCCCAUCGCGCCGCCUCCUGGAGUCAUGGCUUCGGCCGUGUCGCCCGCCACCUCGGCAACAGUGCUGCUGCAGCCUCGCUGGAAGCGAGUGGUGGGCUGGUCGGGUCCCGUACCGCGACCCCGCCACGGCCACCGCGCCGUGGCCAUCAAGGAACUCAUCGUGGUGUUCGGCGGCGGCAACGAGGGCAUAGUGGACGAACUGCACGUGUACAACACCGCAACUAACCAGUGGUUCAUCCCGGCUGUGAGAGGCGACAUCCCUCCUGGGUGUGCAGCCUAUGGCUUCGUGUGUGAUGGUACUCGCCUGCUGGUGUUUGGUGGGAUGGUGGAAUAUGGGAAAUACAGCAACGAUCUCUACGAACUCCAGGCAAGCCGCUGGGAGUGGAAGAGACUCAAGGCAAAGACGCCCAAAAAUGGCCCCCCUCCGUGUCCUCGGCUCGGCCACAGCUUCUCCCUCGUGGGCAACAAAUGCUACCUGUUUGGGGGUCUGGCCAAUGAUAGUGAGGACCCCAAAAACAACAUUCCGAGGUACCUCAAUGACUUAUACAUCCUGGAAUUGCGGCCAGGCUCCGGAGUGGUAGCCUGGGAUAUCCCCAUCACGUAUGGAGUCCUGCCCCCACCCCGGGAGUCACAUACUGCUGUGGUUUACACGGAAAAGGAUAACAAGAAAUCCAAGCUGGUGAUCUAUGGAGGGAUGAGUGGCUGCAGGCUGGGUGACCUCUGGACCCUGGAUAUUGACACCCUGACAUGGAAUAAGCCCAGUCUCAGUGGGGUGGCACCUCUUCCUCGCAGCCUCCACUCGGCAACCACCAUAGGAAACAAAAUGUACGUGUUUGGUGGCUGGGUGCCUCUUGUCAUGGAUGACGUCAAAGUGGCCACACACGAGAAGGAGUGGAAGUGUACCAACACGCUGGCUUGUCUCAACCUGGAUACCAUGGCCUGGGAAACCAUCUUGAUGGACACAUUGGAGGACAACAUUCCCCGAGCGCGAGCCGGCCACUGCGCAGUCGCCAUCAAUACCCGCCUGUACAUCUGGAGUGGGCGUGAUGGCUAUCGCAAGGCCUGGAACAACCAGGUGUGCUGUAAGGACCUCUGGUACCUAGAGACAGUCAUGUUUUUUACAGAAAAGCCACCUCCCCCAGCCCGGGUGCAACUGGUGCGAGCCAACACCAAUUCCCUGGAGGUGAGCUGGGGGGCAGUGGCGACGGCCGACAGUUACCUUCUACAGCUCCAGAAAUAUGACAUUCCUGCCACGGCUGCUACUGCCACCUCCCCCACACCCAAUCCAGUUCCAUCUGUGCCCACCAACCCUCCUAAGAGUCCUGCCCCAGCAGCAGCCGCACCUGCCGUGCAGCCACUAACCCAAGUAGGCAUCACGCUCCUGCCCCAGGCUGCUGCUGCGCCCCCAACCACCACCACCAUCCAGGUCUUGCCAACGGUACCAGGCAGCUCCAUAGCUGUGCCCACUGCAGCUAGGACUCAAGGUGUUCCUGCUGUUCUCAAAGUGACUGGACCUCAGGCCACCACAGGAACCCCACUGGUCACCAUGCGACCUGCUAGCCAAGCUGGGAAAGCUCCUGUCACUGUGACCUCCCUGCCUGCUGGCGUGCGAAUGGUUGUGCCAACACAGAGUGCCCAAGGGACGGUCAUCGGCAGCAACCCCCAGAUGAGCGGGAUGGCUGCACUGGCAGCUGCAGCUGCUGCCACCCAGAAGAUCCCGCCUUCCUCGGCGCCCACGGUGUUGAGUGUCCCAGCAGGCACCACCAUUGUCAAAACUGUGGCUGUGGCGCCCGGCACUACCACGCUCCCGGCUGCUGUGAAGGUGGCCUCCUCGCCGGUCAUGGUGAGCAACCCAGCCACCCGCAUGCUGAAGACUGCAGCCGCCCAGGUCGGGACGUCCGUCUCCUCGGCUGCCAACACAUCCACUCGUCCCAUCAUCACGGUGCACAAGUCAGGGACCGUGACGGUGGCCCAGCAAGCCCAGGUGGUGACCACGGUGGUGGGUGGGGUCACCAAGACCAUCACCCUGGUGAAGAGCCCCAUCUCUGUGCCAGGAGGCAGUGCCCUGAUUUCCAAUCUGGGCAAAGUGAUGUCAGUGGUCCAAACAAAACCAGUUCAGACUUCGGCAGUCACGGGCCAGGCGUCUACAGGCCCCGUAACUCAGAUAAUCCAGACCAAAGGGCCCCUGCCAGCGGGAACAAUCCUGAAGCUGGUGACCUCUGCAGAUGGCAAGCCCACCACCAUCAUCACUACCACGCAGGCCAGUGGGGCGGGCAGCAAGCCCACCAUCCUGGGCAUCAGCAGCGUCUCUCCCAGUACCACCAAACCUGGCACGACUACUAUCAUCAAGACCAUCCCCAUGUCAGCCAUCAUCACGCAGGCAGGCGCCACCGGUGUGACCAGCACUCCGGGGAUCAAGUCCCCCAUCACCAUCAUCACCACCAAGGUUAUGACUUCGGGAACUGGAGCACCUGCCAAAAUCAUUACUGCUGUUCCCAAGAUUGCCACUGGCCAUGGACAGCAGGGAGUGACCCAGGUGGUACUAAAGGGGGCGCCUGGACAACCAGGCACCAUCCUCCGCACCGUGCCAAUGGGGGGAGUCCGUCUGGUCACCCCGGUCACUGUCUCUGCCGUCAAGCCAGCUGUGACCACGUUGGUUGUGAAGGGUACCACAGGCGUCACCACCCUAGGCACUGUGACAGGCACAGUCUCUACCAGCCUUGCUGGAGCUGGGGUCCACAGCACCAGUGCCUCUCUGGCCACGCCCAUCACCACCUUGGGCACCAUUGCCACCCUGUCAAGCCAGGUGAUCAACCCCACUGCCAUCACCGUGUCGGCCGCACAGACCACACUGACGGCAGCUGCAGGGCUCAGCACCCCAACCAUCACCAUGCAGCCUGUGGCACAGCCUACACAGGUUACUCUGAUUACCGCACCCAGUGGUGUUGAGGCCCAGCCUGUGCAUGACCUCCCUGUGUCCAUCCUGGCCUCGCCCACCACAGAGCAGCCCACGGCCACAGUCACCAUUGCUGACUCUGGCCAGGGCGACGUGCAGCCUGGGACCGUGACGCUAGUGUGUUCCAACCCACCCUGCGAGACUCAUGAGACAGGCACCACCAACACGGCCACGACCACGGUCGUGGCUAACCUUGGGGGACACCCCCAGCCCACCCAAGUGCAGUUUGUCUGCGACAGGCAGGAGGCAGCUGCCUCUCUUGUGACCUCAGCUGUAGGGCAGCCAAAUGGCAGCGUGGUCCGCGUCUGCUCCAACCCGCCCUGUGAAACCCAUGAGACUGGCACCACCAACACAGCCACCACCGCCACCUCCAACAUAGCCGGACAGCAUGGCUGCUUGAACCCGCCCUGUGAGACCCAUGAGACCGGCACCACCAGCACUGCCACCACCGCCAUGGCUAGCAUUGGGGCCAGCCAGCAGCGUGACACCCGUCGCACGUGUGUUGCCGGCACACCCACUGUGGUCCGGAUCGGUGUGGCUGCAGGGCUGUCAGAGGGAACCCCGGGUACCAUGAAGUCCCAAUGCCAAACUCGACAGACGAGCGCCACCAGCACCACCAUGACGGUGAUGGCAACUGGGGUGCCCUACUCAGCCAGCCCACUCCUGGGGCCCAGUGUGGCGCUGGAGGCCGGGGGCCAUGGCACAACUUUCGUGCAGUUGGCCCCUCUCAGCAGCAGAAUUGGUCCAAGUGGACCAGGCAGUAAGAAUGUGCCCUUGGGGCGUCAGCUGGAGACCCUGCACAUGCCCACGGGCAGUACCCCCACUGCCGUCCGGGGGCCACUCACAUCUGUAUGCGACAGCCUCCAAUCCAGCUCACCCAGCACCGUGACUGUGGCUGCCCUGGAGGCCCUGCUGUGCCCCUCGGCGACUGCGUCCCAAGUCUGUUCCAACCCGCCAUGUGAGACCCAUGAGACGGGCACCACCAACACCGCCACUACCUCCAAUGCAGGCAGCGCCCAGCGAGUGUGCUCCAACCCACCGUGUGAGACCCACGAGACGGGCACCACGCAUACAGCUACCACCGCCACCGCAAAUGGUGGUGGUGGCCAGCCUGAGGGUGGGCAGCAGCCUCCCGCAAGCCGCCCCUGUGAGACGCACCAGACCACUUCCACUGGCACCACCAUGUCCGUCAGUGUGGGUGCCCUGCUCCCUGACGCCACCGCCUCCCACAGGACCCUAGAGUCCGGCUUGGAGGUGACAGCACCACCCACUGUCACUCCACAGGCUGGUGCCACGUUGCUGGCUCCGUUCCCAACACAAAGGGUGUGCUCCAACCCCCCCUGUGAGACCCACGAGACGGGCACCACACACACAGCCACCACUGUCACCUCCAACAUGAGCUCAAACCAAGACCCCCCACCAGCUGCCAGUGACCAGGGAGAGGUAGAGAACAGCCAGGGUGACGUGAGCCUAACCAGUGCCGGUGCCAUCACCACAACUGUGUCUGCCACCCUGCCGCGAGCCGUGACUACCGUGACACAGUCUACACCUGUCCCAGGUCCCUCUGUGCCGAAGAUCUCAUCUGUGACUGAGACUACCCCAGGGGCUCUGACUACCGAAGUCCCCAUCCCAGCCACGAUAACCGUGACCAUAGCCAACACAGAAUCUUCUGACAUGCCCUUCUCUGCUGUUGACAUCCUGCAGCCCCCAGAGGAGCUCCAGGUCUCACCAGGGCCUCGCCAGCAGCUGCCACCACGGCAACUCCUGCAGCCGGCCUCCACGCCCCUGAUGGGGGAGUCCACCGAGCUCCUGUCAGCCUCCCAGAGCCCUGAGCUCCAGGCCGCCGUGGAUCUGAGCAGCACAGGGGACCCGUCCUCGGGCCAGGAGCCUCCCAGCUCAGCAGUGGUGGCUGCUGUGGUGGUGCAGCCUCCCCCUCCCACACAGUCCGAAGUAGACCAGUUGUCACUUCCCCAAGAGCUGAUGGCCGAGGCCCAGGCGGGCACCACCACCCUCAUGGUAACAGGCCUCACCCCUGAGGAGCUGGCAGUGACUGCUGCCGCGGAAGCAGCUGCCCAGGCUGCGGCCACCGAGGAAGCCCAGGCCUUGGCCAUCCAGGCGGUACUGCAGGCUGCACAGCAAGCUGUCAUGGCAGGCACCGGGGAGCCCAUGGAUACAUCGGAGGCGGCAGCAGCUGUGACACAGGCAGAGCUGGGUCACCUGUCAGCAGAGGGACAAGAAGGCCAGGCCACCACCAUCCCGAUUGUGCUGACACAGCAGGAGCUGGCUGCACUGGUGCAGCAGCAGCAGCAACUGCAAGAGGCCCAGGCCCAGGCCCAGCAGCAGCACCUGCCCACAGAGGCCCUGGCUCCCGCGGAUAGUCUCAAUGACCCAACCAUCGAGAGCAACUGUCUCAGUGAGCUGGCUGGAGCUGUGCCUAGCACCGUGGCCCUGCUUCCCUCCACAGCCACUGAGAGCCUGGCCCCAUCCAGCACAUUUGUGGCCCCCCAGCCAGUUGUGGUAGCCAGUCCCGCAAAGCUCCAGGCUGCAGCUACUCUGACUGAAGUCGCCAAUGGCAUUGAGUCCUUGGGUGUGAAGCCAGAUCUGCCACCCCCACCCAGCAAAGCUCCUGUGAAGAAAGAGAACCAGUGGUUUGAUGUAGGGGUCAUUAAGGGCACCAACGUAAUGGUGACACACUAUUUCCUGCCUCCAGAUGAUGCUGUCCCAUCAGAUGAUGACUCGGGCACUGUUCCUGACUACAGCCAGCUGAAGAAGCAGGAGCUGCAGCCAGGCACGGCCUAUAAGUUUCGUGUGGCUGGAAUCAACGCCUGCGGUCGGGGGCCAUUCAGUGAGAUCUCUGCCUUUAAGACAUGUCUCCCUGGUUUCCCAGGGGCCCCAUGUGCCAUUAAAAUUAGCAAAAGUCCAGACGGUGCUCACCUCACGUGGGAGCCGCCUUCUGUGACCUCCGGCAAGAUCAUAGAGUACUCGGUGUACCUGGCCAUCCAGAGCUCACAGGCCGGCAGCGAGCCCAAGAGCUCGGCCCCGGCGCAGCUGGCUUUCAUGCGGGUAUACUGCGGGCCCAGCCCUUCCUGCCUCGUGCAGUCCUCCAGUCUCUCCAAUGCCCACAUUGACUAUACCACAAAGCCCGCCAUCAUCUUCCGCAUCGCAGCCCGCAACGAGAAGGGCUAUGGCCCAGCCACCCAAGUGAGGUGGUUGCAAGAAACCAACAAAGAUGGUUCUGGCAGCAAGCCAGCCAGCAAGCGGCCCAUGUCCUCUCCAGAAAUGAAAUCUGCUCCAAAGAAAUCUAAGGCAGAUGGUCAGUAGGAGGAAGCUGACCAGCACCUGCAUUCUCCUCCAGCCCCCCUCCCGCUUCAGGAACCACCCCCUCCCCCGGGGCCCAUCCCUGCCUCCCAUCCCGCCCCAGGGUGCACAGCUACCCUCACGAGCCACUGGCCUCUGAUCUUUCUGUGUGUUUUUAAAAUAAAGCAAGCACAUUUGACCUUG